GGAGAAAAUUACCUAAGAGAUAGUGAGGUUGCCAUGAACUGUAUAAAACUGAAAGGAGAAACUCCACCUCGGUCUUGAACCAUAAGCACAACCCCUGAAGAGAAACCCACCCCACAAGUGAGUGAUCUCAAAGGCUUGAACUAAACCCAAGCAGCUCCAUGAGCUCAGAGCUGCUGCAGGACUGAAAGCGCAAGAGCUGUCACCGCCAGCUCCAGUUGUGGUGGGAGCUGCGAGCAGGAAUGCUGUUCUUGGGAAGUUUAAACAUCAUGAAGUGGAGGCAGCUUUGCUGGAUCGCGUUCUGUGUUGUGGAGUUGUGUGGUAAUGCUUGUGGGAGCUCCACAAACAGCCCCACACCGACGGCCGCAGCAUCGCAAGGCGCCAGCAGUGCAGCAGCCACCGGAGCUGCCCCUGCAGCCACCAGCAGCGCCCAGCUCACACCACAGACAUCUGCUGCUGCCAGGUUGCUGGCAGCCAGCCCCACAUCCCAGGGACCCAGCAGUGAGCAGCCGAGCCCCCAGCCCAGCCGAGCCCACACACAGGCACUGGGCACUCCUUCGGACCCAAACCACACCAGCGAAGGGGUCCCCACAUCUGAGAGCCCAACAACGCAUCCCAGCACCAUGGCAGAAACCCCAGGGUCUGUGCAGGCUCUGAUGAGCUCUCCUGCCACCACCUCGGGGCAUCCUCCCAUCCCGACUGCCACCUCUCCACUGCACACAGCCAGGGACAGCCUGAAGCCCAUCACGUGCCACAAUGUCAAAGAAGUGAGUGACACUGGAGCCAUCUGCCUGCAGCUCAACGAGACCAACACUUGUAAACACUUCCUAGAGAUGAAGGGAUCGGACUUGUGGAGUGCCAUAUGUGAGGAGGGCACCCACCGUGUCCCUUCCCCCUGCCAGAUCAAGCUCGCUCAGUCGGAGGUGGAUCAUGACUGUAUGCUCCUCAUCCUCGUCGGCGAGAGAGAUCCUGCUACAGAUAUGCUCCAGGAGUCCCACUGGGAAAAGUUCGGAAUAAAAUCCCUCAAACGGGGGAGCGUGAGGAACCACCAGGACUUUUCUCAGAAGACCCUCAUUGCCUUGGUCACAUCUGGACUCAUGCUGGCCUUCCUGGGCUUGGCUGGAUACUUCCUGAUGAAGCGGCGGAGCUGGAGCCCAGCAGGAGAGAGGCUGGCUGAAGACCCCUAUUACCCAGAAAACGGCAGCCAGGGAAACACGAUGCUGAUGAUCCCUCCCCAGGAGCAACCGGAGCUGCAGGAGAAGCCAAACCUCAACGGCGGCACUCAGGAGAAUGGGACUGGCCAAGCAUCCUCCAAGAACGGGCACUCGGGCCGGCAGCAGAGCCCCGCUGACACCGAAAUGUGAACCAGGCUGCAGGUGCAUCCAUCCUUAGUGUGAACCAGGAGGGGAGCAGAGACAGGGGAGGGCAGGAGUUUUCUAUGGACAGCUAGGGAAUUGCAGACCUUUUAUUGCUACUAUUCUUAUUCCUGUGAAGAACUUCCAAAUCAGCCUAAAGCACAUGAAGCGCCAAAGACCUGCUGCUCUGCCUCCUCCUCCUCCUUCUCCCACUGACCACACAGGGCACUUCUUUGCAGCUCUUUGUCUGCUUUUGGUGUUAGAAUAACGUGAGAAAUGCAAGUGCCCUUCGUCCUGGAAGCUUUUAAGCAGAGGCAGACUCAAGGUCCGGAAGCUUUGAGCCAGACUUGAAGCAGCCAAAAGUUUUGGUGGCAGCGUGUUAGGCUGAUUAACGCAGUUAAAUUGGGAUUUCAGUGACAAAAGCCUUCCAGGUUUCAGAUGAUUUCCGUUAUCAGAGUUGUUUUUAAUCUCGUCUUUAUGUGUAAGUGCAGGAUUUAUUCUUUUCUUUUAAGAACGUGAGGCAUUUAAUCCCCCUUCUUGUGCUUUAGGUCUCCUUUAGUAUUUCCUACUCCAGCAGAAUUUGCUGAAGCUCUGUGUAAAACAUUGAACAUGGAUGUGAAGGCUGAAAUGUGAACAGACCUCAAACUUGUUUCUUUUUCAACCUCACCAGUAGUUGCUUUACAGUAAAGAUCUCCCCCAGUCUCUCCAUGUCAGGGACUGGAGAUAGCAGUUUGACAAGGCAGAGCCAGCAAGCAAUGAGAUGGCAAACACCUGAUGUGGCUGUAGGUGGCUCUGCAGAUGCUGGGGUUGGAUGUCCCACCACCCUCCCUCCCGACACGGGGGGCUUUGGGAAUAAAUGAUGCCAAAGGGCUCCCAGUGGGAUGAGCACUAGACCCAGACCUGGCUCUGCUCCGGGUGUUUCUCCCUCUGCAUCAGCAGCAGGUACAUGAACAAAAAGAGGUGGGUUUUUAACUUCAGUAAGUGAAGACUAACAGCAGGAGCAGCUCUUCCCCAGCUCCGUGCUGCCCAAGCUGCA